AAAGCCAGAUAAUCAAUCAUCUAGCUAAGCUUGUGAAGAGAUAAGAGACGUAUCUUUAGGUAUCGAAAUCAACUUAUCUUAAUUAAAGUUAAGUUCGUUGAAAAUCUUUUAAAAGUGGCGGGUAAUCACAAUGUUUAGGUAUACAAUAUAUAACACAUAAAAAAAGUUACUAUAUUCAUAGUGUGGCGGCGAACAUUUUUUCUUCAAAAAGUUGCUAUAUUUGUUUUGUUUAUUCAUCAAUCUUCCACAAUCGAAGUCCCAUUGACAUAUAAAAAUAGCACAAAGCAAGUAUCAGUUGCAGAGGAAAAACAAAUUUCGACCUUAUGAUUAAAGAUUCUCUCCCACUCACACCAAUUGCCUUCGAGAUUCUGUGAUUUCUCAGUCUGCUUGUCUCCUUCUCAUGGCUCUGUCCCGUCUCCAUCUCCCACCUUACGCCUCUGUUCUUGGAUUUAUCCUCUUGUUGCUCCGUGAUGGUGUCAAGUGUACAACGUUCAAGCUCGUUAACAAAUGCGAUUUCCCGGAGUGGCCAGGGAUUUUAUCCGGUUCAGGUAGUCCCAAACUUGAUACCACCGGAUUCGAGCUCUCCAAAGAUACCUCUCGCACUUUUCGAGCACCCGCAGGUUGGUCUGGUCGCUUUUGGGGCCGUACCGGCUGCAACUUUGAUGGUUCUAGUAGCACCACGAGCUGCACCACCGGAGAUUGUGUCGGGCGAGAUGGACCGCCAGCCACAUUAGCCGAGUUCACUCUCGGCGUUUCCGGAUCUCUAGACUUUUAUGAUGUCAGCCUCGUUGAUGGCUAUAACCUCCCCAUGAUCGUGGAGGGUUCUGGUUUGUGCCCCACCACAGGGUGUGUCACGGACUUAAACCAGAAUUGCCCAACAAAGCUAAAAGCCAAGAGCGGUUUGGCAUGUAGAAGUGCGUGUGAGGCGUUUGGAACACCAGAGUAUUGCUGCAGUGGCGCAUACAGUUCACCUGGUACCUGCAAGCCGUCGAUAUAUUCUCAAGUCUUUAAAUCAGCUUGUCCUAAAUCGUACAGUUACGCGUACGAUGAUGCCACAAGUACUUUCACUUGUAGUGAUGCUGAUUACACCAUCACUUUCUGUCCCAACUUGUCCAGUUUGAAGUCUUCAAGAGAACCACCUCCUGAUGAUACAGGAGAUGUAACUGGUUCUGAAACUUCGUCCAGUACAGAGAUACAACAACCGAUAGAAGAAGCGUCAUUAGCGAAUUCUUAUUACGCGGUUAUGGCUAUCGGAGAAUCGACUAGAAAUACCGCUUCUUUUGUUCUCCUUUUGAUCUUCUGUUGGAUCAGCUUGUAGCUUUGGUUACUGACAAAAAAACUGAGA